GUUUCGACCAACUUGUUUGUCUUUACUGGAGCGUCCGGGUCGAAUACAGAACAGAAACAGUGGCCUGCCAUACUGCGACGAGCUCGAGGCGCUAAUGGCUCCAAGUUGGUGCCUCUACCAAAAGUGAUGGGGAAUCACAGCAACCGUAUAUCUCGUAAAUUCGACCGCAUCCCUUCGGAUGACAUACCUAUAAAAAGAAGUUGCCCUUCAAGGUGUUAGCACUGAGAUGGCGAUCUUCAAUCUGCCACCCAUCGCAACUCCUUGCGCACAAUUUCCACUUAGAAUGGAGCAGGAGUUCGCUGCCAGACUAGGUAUACACGGAAUCCAUAUGCGAAACAUACUGUCGUAGGUAAGCAGAGAGAUACAGCUAACACCACGACUGUAGUAUAAAUCCACGAGGCCCAGAUGAUCACACUCGAUGUCUUACUCCAAUUCUCCUAGGUUCAGUUGUCGGGAUGAUGAACAAUGGAUUAUGUCUCGAAUAAGCAAGAAUGGAGCCAACAGGCGAUCCUGUGUUUAUGGCCUUCUUUCAACUCGUCUCGACAUCAAGACCAACAUGAAUCUAGUCGACCUUCGGACAAAGCUAUCUUUUCUCGCCUCUCAUUACUCUACAUUUGUGUGUGCCUUUCUGGGUGUCAUAUUUCUCUCUCCUGACUACACCACUGCAAUCAUGAAGAUCUACCUGAAUUUCGCUUAUAUCUCUGUCGUUUUUAUCCACCUUCUCUCACUAAGCCUGGGUGACUUGUCUAACCAAAAACGCGUUGCUGGUAAUGGAGAAACGAACCGUCGAGAACCUCACACCAGACAGGAACAGUUCCCCGACGCGAGGGCAUGGACGAGCUGCCAAGCAGAUCCGACGUGCCCAGCCAAUAUGGCACACCCACGUCGAACCUUUGGCAGCCAUAAUCAUCAUCUUGAGAAGAGGAAUGCUAUUGAGAAAUCCGAUAUUGAUGAGGCCAUGGGAAAGCUGGAGAAGUCUCGUGAGGACUUCCGCAGUGCGGCAGACCAAGCUUAUCUGCACAUGAUCGAUGCUCGGUUGCUGCUGCAAAGUGUAUCCAUGGUCAUAGAAAUCAACGAUACACGGACCAUUACACCUACGUCGACGCCGGUGGCGAUCAGCCAGGAUGACACAGCGUCCUGGGCCGGAACAACAUCAAGGGGUACUGCGGACACCACUGACUUCUUCAUAACACCCACAGAGGGCACCUUUGACGAUAGCUCCCAGGCUCUCCCCAGCUCUUCAACUUCCAGUCCGAGUUACUUCCCCCAAACUCGCACUAGUUCCUCAACUUCCACUACGCGUUACUCUACAAUAACAGAGGCAGACGGAGACCUCACCUUGGUUCCCAUAACCCCGAGUUCCAGCCCAACGUCCAGUACCGCGAGUUCGUCACCUUAUACAUCUACAAAAGCAUAUACCAAUUCCAGGAUGUUCUCAUCUUAUUCAUUUAUGCCUUCGGCAUCCAGCAAUACCCAAGACGUGGUCUCGAUGACAACAUCCACGACUACUAUAAGGUCUACCACUACACUUACCACCACGAUUACUGUGCCAUCUCCAGAAUCAUCGGGUGACCCAGAUUAUAUACUGGACGACGAAUGUGGGCCUGAUGACAACUCAGCCACACCCAAUACAGCUGCGAGGUCUGGCACUGUUACUAGUUUGAUUAUCAUCAUGGGCACUUCCUCGUCCACUCCCUCGCCUGCGAACAUCGCAUACACAUACACAACCCAAAUGGGCUUUAUUCAACCAAGUUCUGGUCUCUCUGGAAAUGGAUGGCCCUCGCGGAGUAUGACAUACUCGCACAGCUUGACCUAUCGCUUCCCAACCCCAAACUUUCCGCUCCCGACAUCGGCUCGCUUGCGAUCCUCGAGUGAUUCUUAUUCCAGCAGCAGCACGCCUUUGGGCGGCUCGGCAAUGAUGGGGACCUCUCCUACAAGCAGCUUCGCCGCCAAGACAACCAGAAGUAGUAGCUCAACCAGAAAUACAACAACGACCGAAACAGUGAGGCUACCAGGGAGCCACCACCCAUCGUCGGGCCCACGGAGUAUGAAGGCCACCAGAUCCUUUGGCGGCGCCGCCUGGUCUUUACCCGUACCAUCCGAUACGCCAUGGGGAAAAUCAACGGCUGCCGCAACUGAAACUUUAUGCGGAACUGGUCAUACCCCUUUAAGCACUCAUUCUCACUCCCAUGGAAGCACAUCCAGCACCUUCAGAAGCUCGUUUUCGUCAAGUGCACAUUCGACCCCGUGCUCAAGCACAGGCAGAAGCAGUACUUAUUCUUCGUCAUCCUCGUCUUCUACAUCAAAAUCCCUGCUACCGACUGGCUCGUUCGUUCUCUCCACCACAUUCACCACGACUACGACCACGACUAUGACCACUGGAACCGCCGCAUUUUCGACAAUGACUUCAAGCUUGACGGGCUCCAGUGGCUCCACAAGUUCCUAGACAACUCGAGCGGCGCAGCCUGGGCUCGAUACGCUUAGGCAAGUUGGAUGGACGGAUUCCGUGAGAGCUGCUGAUAGCUUUACUAGAUAUCCCUGCUGGCAUGGGGGGUCCUGGAGCACGUGUUCCCAGGAAAUAUAUGUAAGCAUACCGCAGCAUGGAAACGGGUUCGAUUUGAAGUAUACGAAGCUACUUCGCGUAAUUGGUAUUUUUGGCGUGAAUGUAGACAGUUAUCUCCCUUCUUCACUCUUAAUGCUAGACUUCAG